AACAGUAAGUGGGAGGGACGUGAAAACAAAGCCACUGAACUGCUCAAACUCUCCAAACAUCACUUUUUACUGCCGCUACAUUAACUCCACCAUAAGCAAAAACAGAUGUUUAUAGUCAUUUGAAAGCUGGAUGCUUGCUAGAGUUCUUGCAAAAGAGGCUACCAUAGCUCCAGAAUCUCACUUCCUACAUGUUUGCGGAUGACGUCGAUGUAACGGAAUAAAUGAGAAGAUUGUGGCUUCGCUGCAAACUGAGAAAUGUUAUAUUUAUCUUUUUAACACUGGGACUUAUAUGUUGUUUUAUGAUCAUAAUUUUAAGACUAAAUGAAGGAGGACAACAGGAAGCAGGAUUGUCUGAAAGGCUGCGGCUGACAGUAAAAUAUGGCAUUAACUGCACAGCAAUAUAUGAAAUGGACCCUGUGGAAGUGAGCAAAACUUUAGCCAUCCGCAAGCAAAAAAGCUAUGUAGGGGCAACUGACCAAACUAUCGUGAAUGCCACCUCUGAUUGUGAUUGGUUUGUUGUGACACAGGGCUAUGAUGGGAUUCAAGGCACUGAAUUUGAGCGUGAAUUUCCUCUUGCUUACUCUUUGGUUGUUCACCAGGAUGCGGCUGUUGUGGAGAGGUUGCUCAGGGCCAUUUAUAUGCCGCAUAACAUAUAUUGCAUACAUUAUGAUCUGAAGUCUUCAGCUGACUUUAUUUCAGCAAUUAAAGGUUUGGCCCGCUGCAUCCCCAAUGUCUUCAUUGCCUCAAAACUGGAGAGGGUUCAAUAUGCAGGUAUCUCACGACUCAGAGCGGAUCUCAAUUGCCUGUCUGACCUCCUAGAUUCUGAGGUUAAGUGGAAGUAUGUCAUCAACCUGUGUGGUCAGGACUUUCCACUGCGGACAAACGCCGAGCUGGUGUCGGAUCUAAAGGAGCUGGAAGGCAGGAACAUGGUGGAGAGCAAGUGGCCUGGAGGAAAGAAACAGCGCUGGAGUGUUCAUCAUAUCCUGAAAAAUAACAAUGAGUACUACGACACACCUGUCAGCACUUCUGAGGAGAAAUCUCCACCUCCUCACAACAUUGAAAUGUUUGUGGGCAGUGCUUACUUUACUCUCUCAAGGGAAUUUGUAGUUUUUGUUCACCAGAGUUUCCUAGCCAGAGAUUUCUUGGCUUGGUCUGAAGAUACAUACUCACCUGAUGAACAUUUCUGGGCGACUCUGGUUCGUGUGCCUGGAGUACCAGGUGAGGUGCCGAGAUCUGAUCCUGAGAUCUCAGAACUGAUCAGUAAAACUCGCCUGGUGAAGUGGUCAUAUUUAGAAGAGGUUUUAUACCCACCGUGCACAGGAGUCCAUGUACGAGCUGUGUGUAUUUAUGGUGCUGCUGAGCUCAGAUGGCUCCUAAACUACGGCCACUGGUUUGCUAAUAAAGUUGAUCCAAAAGUGGAUCCUGUUCUUAUGGAAUGUUUAGAGGAGAUACUUUUAGACAAGCGGCCAAAACUGCGGUAAAAUUAUCUUAUUUUUAUACUGGUGAGACUUUUGGAUUGGUGAAAAAUAGAGGUAUUGUAUUUUUUGGGAAAUCAAAAUGAAGUUACUUUUAAGUAUGAAGUACUUUGAAAAUGCAGUUUUUCUUUUGUUGUAAAUUUCUGUAUAAUUAUUAGCCAGCAUGAAGUGCGAUUCAUUGCCAGCAAUAGUUUUUGGGUUUGAUGUGCCAGUCCUCAAAAUCUUUUAGGUUUAUGAGACAUGUCAGUAACAUAACAAGACAAAAUGUGAAUUUUAUUAGACCAAAGUGAAAGAGCACAAAUACAUUUACCUAUUUCAUAAAAACUGUAUUAAAAGUUAAAGCAAAACAUACUUGAAAAAAAAAAUCUCUGAGCACAUUUAAACACAUUUACAAGCUUUUACAAUCAAACUCACUGGAUCGUCUGUGUCCUUAGAUCAAGUUUGAGAUGACAGACUUUAUGUUGACUCAGAGCAUCGACUCAGAGCUACGCAAUAAUCACUGGAAAUUAAUUUGUAUGUUCUGUAGGUUGCUUUUGCAUUAGAUUCACAGAAGGAGUCAUGCAAAUUGAGUUGACACAACCCCAAAAGAAAUUAGAGCUCGACACAGUUUGCAUGUUAAAAUUCAUCAUCUUGCGGUUUUGAAAGCUUGUGAAAAAUGCAGCAGACUUCUGUGAUCUGGCAUACUCUAUUGGGACUUUACAGUAUUGCUGCACCCCAGCGAUCCAGACACCUAAAAUAAAUAGCUCUUCAACAUUCUGAAAA